GUUUCUUUCUAUUCCUUACGUUUUUGGUCUAAGCUACCGUAUACUAAUUUCACCCUACUUAGUAUCACGGUAAGCUAUCUAGACGCCCAUCCUAGGUGUGCUGGCAUGACCGAACAUGGUAUGCGACACUCACUUGACACGCUUCUCCUCAACCGGCUACGUUCGUUUCUACUUCCCAACUCUUUCUAAGACGCCUUAGUCUAUCUCGCCGGCCUCAUGGCCAACUACAACUACGAUGAGGCCGGUAACAUGGCGGCCUACUUCCUGCUUACAUUCCUCCUAAUUGUCCUAGUGCCGUUCUCUCUGCCAUCUGCCUCUUCCAAACAACCCAUAGUUAGUGAAUGCGAUUGUCAUGAGUGUGUCGAUCACAGAGCGCGUCUGCGCAAGACGGAGGGUGUUAACAUACGAAAAUAUUUCAUCCUUGCAAUUGGAUGGGCAUUAUUUGCCUGGGUGGCCUAUAAAGUCUCGACAGCAGAAAUCGAGAAUAAAGUCUAUAAUCCAUUUGAGAUUCUCGACAUCAAGAAUGGUGCCAGUAUCAAGGAAAUCAAGUCUCACUACAAAAAGCUUUCGAAAGCCCUUCACCCGGACAAGGUUAAACUCAACGUGAACCUAACAAUCGAAGCUGUUGAAGCUCGUUUCGUUGAAAUCACAAAAGCUUACAAAUCGCUUACGGAUGAGACAAUUCGCCAGAACUGGGAACGUUAUGGUCAUCCUGAUGGUCGACAAGAAGUGUCCAUGGGUAUCGCACUUCCCAAAUGGAUCGUUGAGGGCAAGAACAACAUUUGGGUUCUUGGCGUUUACGCCCUCAUCUUCGGUGGCGCUCUUCCGGGCCUAGUCGGCAAAUGGUGGUUCGGUAACCGUAAGAAAACGAAGGAUGGUGUUGACGCACGUUCUGCUGCCACUUUCUUCAAGGCCAUUAGCGAGGAAUCUGGGAUGGACGACAUUGUCAGCUCCCUCGGCAAGUCAUUCGAAUGGGAAACAACGCCAGCAUCUGGUCAUAUCUCAGAAUUGUCCGAGCUGGAGACAUCUGUCAAGAAGCGAUUGGGUCACAAAUGGGACGAGCUCACGAAAGCAGCUGAGGCACUUCCUGAGAAUAGUGACAUCCGACGAAAGGGAUUGGCUCUUCUUUACGCACAUUUCCUGCGGAUUCCAGUCCCGCCUUCACUACAGAAAGAUCAAAUAAAACUUCUUCUGCAGACUCCUGUCCUGUUGAACUCGUUACUAAGCAUUAGCACUACCCGGAAUUGGCUCGCACCUACACUUUCGGCUAUCCGGUUCCAAUCUUACCUCGCACAAGCAAUCCUCCCUGGUCAAGACACAUUAAAAUAUGCACAGUUGCCUGGCCUGAAUGAAGCGGAAGCGGAAGAGCUGGCGAAGAAGUCAGAGAUUGUAUCGGAUGUAUUGCGCUCGCUGGAAGAAUCGGGUGACGCCAGGAUCACAGACCUGAAGCGCGCCGUGUCGCAAUGGGGUCAACUCGACCUCGUUGAUGCUUCAUUCAGAGUGAUUGACGAUCGUCUGGUGACACCUUCGUCAAUCGUAUACUUGGUUGUCAAGGCGCGUUUGGUUCCCCCUCCAACUUCCACCGUGGAUGCUGUUCCACCUGUCUCGCAAGGAGCAAUUGACGAUGAGAAACGCGAUUACGAAUUCCUCACUGGCAAGCAGGAAGCGGAAGACCUACCGGGUGCGGACCAAAAUCGCCGGGUAGCUCAUGCACCUCGUUGGCCUUCGAGCCGUAAAGCUGGCUACUGGAUUGUUCUCGCAGAUCCCAAGAGUAACAGAGUAGUCGUCCCUCCAAUGAAGAUCAGCGAUGUUCCGCAUGCUGAUGCCAAGCACCCCGACGUCUACCGCUCGUACAAGUUGCAAUUCCAAGCACCUCCACAAGUGUCUACGUUCACAUGGAAGCUGUACUUAAUCAGUGAUACAUUCGUCGGAGAAGAAGUGUCACAGGAUAUUACACUCAAGAUCGACGACCCCGUUCUUCUCCAGGUGGAAGAGGAGGAGGAAGAUGAGAUCUCUGAUCCCGAGGAAGACUCACUGGCAGGUCAAAUGGCGAUGAUGCGUGGAGGGUCAGUAAAGAAACGGAUGGAAGGGGAUGACAGCGACGAGGAAAGUUCUACAGAUGAUGACGAGCAGAGCAGCGGGGAGAGCAGUAGUAGCGACAGCGACUAAGAGAUUUUCUGCCAAGGGAUGUCGCUGGGGUUGUAAGUUAUAUGGAAAAUGUUUGCCCGGACCGGGGACCUUUGCAUCAGUUGAUUGCCAAUGGUUGUCAGUGUGAAGUGUUCGAUAUAGUGAGAGAUGCUGAGCACCAAUACAGCAGUCAGGGCGGCGUUGUUUGUUCGCUCUGCAAGCGAGUGUACAACUUGAAAAAUGCUCUGGUCACCAACGUUGUGUUUGUAUAUCUU